AGGGACAGAAGGGAAGGCUAGAGGCUGCUGGAGAGUAGAAAAUAGAAGGGUAAGUCCAUACACAUGUAUGCAUGAGUAUGUACAUUAUCUGCUGAAACAUAGAGGAAUACUCAGGAGAGCACAGUACCCUUUGGCAAGACCAAGAAGACAUCUGAGCUCCCAGAUUUAGCAGCAGCAGCAGCAGCAGUGAUGACUGCAGGAAAGGAGCCUCUCUGUCUGCACUGAGCAACCACAUGAUGUAGCCUAUGGAGAGAAGAAUACAGCUGCAGAUAGUCCUUUCUUCACAGGAUCAGGGCUGGCACGGAGAAAAGCUCUUGUUAAAUUUCAGGGAAGAAGAGCUCUGAAGCAGAAAUGGAUACAGGCAAGGUUGCUAUGACCAGAAUCAAGCAGAACUGAACCCAGUAAAAUUUCCCCAAAAGCCCCUGCAGCAAGGACCCUUUUCUAGCUGACUGGCAUCUGUACAGUUCAGGUGGCCUACUGGGUGGGGCCUGGUGGUCCUGAAGAAAGCUGCAUCCAUGUCUAAGGGAGGGGAGGUUGCAUACAUCCCAGAUGAUUCUGACUUCAGCCAUUUCCGGCACCAGUGUGAGAACCAGGAAGGCUGGAGCAGAGAGUACAGUAAAGGAGGAGUGACUGUAUGGAGCCAGGUGCAGGAGGAGAACAUAGCUGUCCAGAAAAUCAAGAUGCAGAUCACGUGCAAGGAUGUGUCUCCAGAAACACUGUAUGAUGUUCUACAUGACACCCAUUACCGCAAGAAAUGGGACUCCAAUAUGAUUGAGACUCAUGACAUCGGGCGCCUGACUGUCAACGCAGAUGUGGGAUACUACUCCUGGAGAUGCCCAAGUCCUCUGAAGAAUAGGGAUUUUGUUACAUUGCGCUCCUGGCUGCCCCUUGGCAAUGACUACAUGAUCAUCAACUACAGCGUCAAACAUCCAAAGUAUCCACCCCGGAAAGAAUUUGUGAGAGCCAUAUCCCUGCAGACAGGCUACCUGAUCAAGGCAACUGGCAACAGGGGCUGCAUUCUUUACUACCUUACCCAAGUGGACCCUCGAGGUUCGUUACCAAAGUGGGUGGUGAAUAAAGUCUCGCAGUAUGUGGCACCAAAGGCCAUGAAGAAGAUCUACAAGGCUGGGCUAAAGUAUCCAGAGUGGAAACAAAGGCACGAACCUGGCUUUAAGCCUUGGGUAUACCCAGAACAGAACACUCUGCCCAGCAUCAGCUUAGCUGAGCUCUCCGUGCAGCGUGCUGACUCACUGGAAAACAUUGAUGAGAGUGGCCUGUCUGAGGACAGGAUGCGCAUCAGUGAUGAAGAGACCUGAGACUAGCUACCAUCAUCUGGAUAGGCAGCUCAUCCUCUUCCUGUGGUCUGGAUCUGGGUCUUCCACCAGCCAGAGCACAGAAGUCCUCACAGUGAUUCUCCAUGCAUUUGGGCAUACAUCUCUGUACUCCUGCUCACUUCUUAUUCCAAAGACACAGACAUACACGCGCACACACAGAUACACACA